AUGUCGUAUCAUAUAAUCCAAGAAAAUGUUAGCAGUUCGCAUGAAAAAUAUGCCAGAUAUCGGCUUUCUUUUUUUGUGGGAUAUUUAAAUUGGUUGAUUCUUUGUACCGGCUCGAUAAUCGUUCACGAGAACACAACAGGGAUUGACGGUGCGCCCAGAAUCUUAUCGCGACCCAAGAGGUACUUGAUUUUUCCGCAGGGUAGUAAUUUGCAGUUAGUGUAUUGUCUGACUAUCGGAGCGUACGGCCGAGAAGGUGAUUCGGUGGUGGGACUGACAGCUGCCUUAGCCUGGGAACUUCCGAAUAAGGUCGACUCAAAGAUAUCGAAUUUACUUCACCGUAGAAGCCGAAGCGUCGUAUAUCCGAAAAUGGAGGCUUUCUUGCAAUCCACCGGUCUCGACGGUAGAUCCUGCGUGAUGAAAGCACUUUGCGAAGCAGGCCAACGAGAUCGUUCUCAAGUAGGCAUAGGAUCCUUCAUUCAGGAACUCCUCCAUGUGAUUUUUACAUUGCCAAAGGACGGUACUAAAUUCGAACGAUCGGAGGAACGCGACUACGAUCGCGCGUAUGAAAUGGACGGAAACUGCGAACAGCAAUAUCCUGCGUGUCGAUACUCUAUUUACGACAUAGACUUUUGA